AUGGACCCAUCCAAUACCAUCGACAUCAUCUCAGACGAUGACCAAGACAUAGGGGCCUUCCUAGAUCUCGUCUGUUCCCAACCCUCCUCAUCCAGUCCUACAAAGUCCAAAUCAAAUAGACCUACCAUAUCUAAAUUCCCUUCAUCUUCAUUCACAGCACCUUCAUCACCUCUUCAACCCACCGUCACUCAACAGAUAACCUCCUCUCCUUCUCGCUUAUCAUUGAAGAUCAACUUGAAAAGAUCAUCUUCCAAUGCUUUAGACCUAGAUCGAAUGAGUAAGAAAUCUACUCCCAAUUCUUAUCGUGACUCUUCCAUACGAGGUUCAGUCAAGAACCACCUUCCAUCUAAGAACAAGUCAGUUUCACUGGAAAGUCUCUUACCUCCUUCGAAACCUCUACUGACGACUCGACCAGAGAUCUCCGCGAGGGUGGUCCCCAAGCCUCAGAGAAAAGCACGGACGGAUGCUAAACCAAAGUCCAUGAAAGAGCUGUAUCCGAAAAAUGAUAACAAGGCGGCAAUCCGAGAUGUACCAUGGAAGGCCUCUGCUCAAUCCCAAAAGGAUCAACACAGUCUCUCAACAGUCGCCUCAGCCUUUACGUCCUCUUCAUCGGCAUCACAAUCCACUUCCCGACUCACCUUAACCUCUCAUGCAUCUUCGACACCUGCCUCUCCCGUAUCACAGCCGAAAAUAUCUCAAUCUGCGUCACACCCUCGUCAACCUGUACCCAAUUCCCCUCCUCUUUCAGACCCCCGAUACGGUCCUGUACAGAGGCUACCAAAAGAGACACAUCGAUCUACCUCGUACCUCCCAUCACACCCCGUCCAUGAACCCCACACACGUCCUGUGCAAUUGACUCCCGGUCCAGUUUCAUACCGUCAAUCACCACCACCCCCAACUCCAUCUAUACCUCGUGUCCCUAUGGAAUCACCCUCAUCCUCUCUAUCGAGGACUGCUCCUCAACCAGUCCGACCGGUCGAAGAUGUUGAUUCGUUGAGAAGGGAUAACGAAUUACUUCGUCAAUCUUUACAAUCACUUCAAAGGAAAUUCCUAGAGAAGAACAAACAGCUCACUAAAGAACGUUCAGCACAUCAUGAAACUUCGUUAUCGCUCUUGCACGAAAAAGAAAAUUCAAAUGUCAAUAAACAAUUGAUGCAUAGUUCAAGAUAUCAAUUAAAUGCACAUAAAUCUGAGAUCAAUCAUCUGAGAAAACAAUUGUCCGAAAAAGUAGAUCUCGAAGAUAAAUAUAGAAUAUUAGAGAUACAAUGUCAAAGUCAAAAAGAAGCUAUGAUUACUUAUUAUCAAUGUGCUUUACAGCUUGAUGAGACGUUGAAGAAGGUCAGAGGACAAAUCCGAUAUCUCAAAGAGAGGAAUAAUGAAAACGUUAGAGAGCUGAUGACGAAGAAUGAUGAACUGGCUAAUUUGAGGACGGUAAUUAUGUUUCAUGAGAUCGUACCUGAGGUUACGAGACAGGUCGAAGCGGCAUUGAAGAGGAUUUGA